UGAUAUUAUGAAUGAAUGCCCCAUACUGUUGAAUAUUUAAGGUUAAUGGUGUUAGAAAGCAUUGCUAGAGCGAACCAGGGACUUUGAACAGUCGUUUAGGGCUUUUGGAAUCACUUUUUGACUGUUGAAAAGUGAUUCUGAGUUCAUCUUUCUUCGCCUAUAUACAGAUAUAGAUAUAGAUAUAGAGUGAAGAGGUUAUGGUGGGUUUGACAGAUGUGGGUAGUGUUGUCACUUCAAUUAGUGAUGGAUUAGAGCAAGAGGUCAGUAGUGUUAGAGAAAAUGAGAACUUGGGUGUUGACCUUUUGGAGGGUUUGGAUUCCUAUUUGGAAGAUAUUAAUGACUGGUUGACUAUUUCGAGGAUGGUGAAAGCUGUUGAACGAGUGGCGGAGGAGAAAAUUGCUGCCAAAGAAUUGGAGGUGGCCAGUCUGAAGGAGAGAUUGCAUUUUCACAAAUUGGGUGCUGAUAAAAGUGUGUCAUCAGGGUCUCCAAUGGCACACCGAGAGCAAAGAAGUUUGGAAAAUGGGUUGUAUUGUAGCUUUCCUGAUGCUGUAGUGGAGCAUGAUAAGAUGAGGGAAUCUUUAUGCGGCCUAAGAAGUGUGGCCAUAGACCAGAUUAAGAAGCUCAAGAAAGAUAUUGAUAGCAUAAGAGGGUGUGGUUCAAUGAGAAAGAUUGGUUCUGGUUCAGAAUUGGUGGGAUUGGGUGGAAUUCUUCCAAUGGAGGCAUCUGAACCAGGGUGUAGAUAAAAGACUCAAUACUCUGAAAACUACAGUGGAUACUAUCUGUACACAGGUGGAUGAUAUGGUUCGCUUGGCUAAGGCAUCACUUUGUGAGUGGCAGCAGGAGCAGGAGUUUCAGAGGGAGGUUGAAACAAUGGUGAUACGGAGUUCAAUUAGGAGUAUCCACGAAGAGUUUGAAGAUAAAUUAUGGGAUCAAAGUGCUCAUCUUUGUGGCAGCCAAAGUGUGAACUGGCUUGAAAGGAUCAAUGAGGUUUCAAAUUUACGCAAGGAAUUAGAUGUGAUCUUAAAGUCACUAUCCGAUGCUGAAACUGGACAGUUAAUUUCUCAUGGGUCUCAUGACA